AUGAAUGGGGUCAACGACCCGCCCUUUUUUAUAAAAAAUAUUAAGCCCGGACUGAAAAACUUAAAUGUCGUCUUUAUUGUGCUGGAGAUAGGACACGUGACCAAAACCAAAGACGGCCAUGAAGUGAGAUCGUGCAAAGUAGCAGAUAAAACGGGCAGCAUCACUAUUUCCGUGUGGGAUGAGAUCGGAGGUCUCACACAGCCAGGGGAUAUAAUUCGGUUGACCAGAGGGUAUGCAUCCAUGUGGAAAGGACGUCUAACACUCUAUACUGGAAGGGGCGGUGAACUUCAAAAAAUUGAGGAGUUUUCUAUGGUUUACUCAGAAGUGCCAAAUUUCAGUGAACCCAAUCCAGAUGAUCGAGGACAGCAAAACAAAGGGGCACACAGUGAACAGAAGAAUAAUUCCAUGAAUAGUAAUAUGGGUACAGGUACAUUUGGACCAGUGGGAAAUGGUAUUCAACCUGGCCCUGAGUCAUGGGGAUACCAGUUUUCAUAUGCUGGUAGAAGCAAUGGCCGGGGACAUAUAAAUCCACAUCUGCCAGGAACAGCCAAUAACCAAACAGUCAUGACCACAAUAAGUAAUGGCAGGGACCCUCGGAGAGCCUUUAAAAGAUGACCUAUGCCAAAUACUCACAUGUAGUUCUUAAGCUACAUAUUCUACUUGAACACUUACUGCACUUUUAUUUAUUGUUAACUGUGAAAACUGUGUACUUUUUUGGUUUCCUUUUCCAUUUUCAGUUUGUUAAGAAGAGUGAUUUGUUUUUAUAGCAAAACCUGUUAAGCUGCUCAAGUCUUCUGUUGAAGAAUGGGAACAUUCUGAAAAGUAGGGGCAUUUAUUUUUAGAACAAAAACAUUAGCUAUCCUCUAAAAAAACCUGCACCCAUUUCAUGGGUGAGUUACUUAAGACAUCAGCUUUAUAGCCUCUAUGAGUCUAUCAUCUGUUUAAAUUUUGUAAUAUUA